AUGGAACUGGCAAACUUUACUGAAGAGGAAAACCAGAAAACAUUCAAAGAAAUGUUCGGCUCGGCAGAAUUUCAGAUCAGAGCUGUAGAUGGCGAGCUCAUCUUUCUUUCAGCUCUAAAUAUUUUUCUUUCGAUUUCUGCAUUUCUGGGGAACACUCUGAUCCUAGUUGCCCUACGCAAGGAAACAUCACUUCAUCCGCCGUCCAAACUCCUGUAUUGUAACCUAGCGAUAACUGAUCUCUGUGUUGGUAUCAUUGUGCAACCUUUGAAUCUGGCCCAUUGGAUUUCUGUGGUGACGGAAAGAUGGAAUAUUUGCUAUUACGCACUUCAGGGAACACGUUUCUCAGGUUAUACUUUGUGUGCAGUGUCUUUACUAACAUCGACUGCAAUAAGCGUAGACAGACUUCUCGCGUUGUUGCUGGGGCUCAGAUACAGACAAGUUGUAACUUUGAGAAGAACCUGUAUAACUGCAAUCGGUUUUUGGAUUUUGCCCAUGGUCGCCUCAUCAACUUUAUUUUGGAAUUCUCCUAUAAGAUCAUGGUGUCAAUACAUGGGUACAGUUCUGUGUCUAGUCACCACAAUCUUCGCUUACACAAAAAUUUUCUUUUCUCUGCGUCAUAAUCAAAUUCAUGUUCAGAACCAUGCUGAUCAAAUACAACCGAGCCUAGCAAUUUCAUUGAACAUAGCUCGAUACAAGAAGGCGGUGUGCAGUGCAAUGUGGGUGCAGGGCACAUUAGUUGCAUGUUAUGUGCCGUAUGUUAUCACGGUAGCUUUGACACGUCAACGAAGGAUGACUUUAUCGGUAUACCUCUUUAGACAAUUUACGGCUACCUUACUGUAUUUAAACUCGUCAUUAAACCCGUUGCUGUACUGUUUGAAGAUCAGAGAAGUAAGGCAAGCUGUAAAAGAAACAUUAAGACAACUAUUAUGUCGAUCGAGGUAGUUUAUUAUGCUUUUCAACUUAAAAUUCAUGCUAAAACCACGAAUCUUAAAACGAACCAUACACAGUGAAAUACUUUGAGUCCAUUGCACCCCAAAAGGAUCAAUGAGGGAAAUAGCGGCUUCCUCCCCCUCCCCGUCGCCCCCUCUUUGUACAUCCUAGGGUUAAGUCAUAUGUUAAUAAAUGAAUUCAAAUGCAUUCGCUUGAGUUUGUACGUAAAAAUGAAAAUAAAACAAAAUUUAACCAACGUGAUCAGUACAAAAAUUAUAGUACAGUUUUUUUUUUGAUGGGAUGUUACUGGCUCAGUUCACUUAACGAAGAGUCACUUUUACCUGAUAAAUUUAGAGAGAUGACAAAACAUUCAAACCCCGCUUUAUGGACACCAGUUUAAUACAAACACCUCGUUCUGAUUACGGACAGUUUGCUUUGUCCCUGAUUACAGCCUUAACAUUUUCUACAAAUUCAACCCGCCUACGAACACACUGUUUAUGAACUUUUGGUUUUGACUUAUUAGACUUCUGUUGUGAAAGAAAGAUGGGAUAUAUUGCUAUCACGCCAAUUUGGCAGCAAUCGUUUUAGGUUAUACUUUAUGUUCAGCUGUGUCUCUUUAACACUGACCGCAAUAAGCGUGGACAGACUUGUUACAUUGUUUCUACAGCUCAGAUACAGACAUGUUGUUUCUUUGAGUGGAAACACAAGUACGCAUCAUUCUACAGGGGACAGGGAGAGGAAGUUAAUAGAUAUCAGUUCCCUAUUUAAUAUAUACACAGGUAGCCCAAGCUCGAAAUAUGAGCAUCGGCGAGCAUCGGCAUUGUUGCGUACAGAAACGAUAGGUUUUUUCUCCCAUACAAAUCCUUAUAUUUUGAAUGUUACUUAACAAUGUCGAUGCCCACUGGUGCUCAUAUUUCAAGCUUGGGCUACCUGUGAUAUACAGUGCUACAAAAAUGGAAGUUAGUUCCGUGGGUUUUUCUAGAAAUGUCAGUUAUUCGCUUGUAGUAAAGCCGAAAAUUGAGCUCAGCCGUAAUUACAACAUGUCAGGCGGAUUGAUUGGACUCCCUGUCUUAAAAGUAGCGCGUGGGAACAACUGAUACAAGAUCAAUACACGUGUCAUAAUCCAACCUAAUUUUAAGGUUGUUUUCUAUCUAUUUGAAGCUUUUAGUUAUAACCAAACACUGAGUCAUCACCUGACAGUGCAAUAAUUCAGGAAAACUGGAAGAACUAAGAAUUACUGAGUCACCAUGCGCUUUGACGAUUAGUUUACACAAUAUUGAUAUGGGGAAAAAACUGGUAAAAUAAAUAUUAAUAUGGAAAGCACAUAAUUGUGAGAAUAACUUGCGAGUAAAUGCAGUGCAGUGAAAUGGCAGUCAGGGCACAAAUUUUUAUAUACGCUACUACUAGCCGAGGUUUCUUUCCGGUGUGGUUUUUAGCAUUUAAGAAGUUUUUUACUUAGUUGCCUUCCAUAACGGACAGAAAACUUAAAACCAUUGUUGCUAUCACUAAUUAUACCUUUUUUUCGGCGAUCUGACUUCAAGUUGGUUAAUAAUGCAUAUAGCACUCGCCUGUAAUGUACACUAAGUUGUCAUACGUCAAGCUUGCAAUGGACAGGUAACAUGCGGGGGCACCCAAGUAUAGUUCAAAACCACUUUAGCAUAGCAUUGUUAAAGGAGCUGUGUCACGAAAGAUCAGCCAAAUUAGGUAAUUACAAAAUGCCCGUUAAAUUAAGAGAAACCUAAAAUAACCGCCUUAAACAUUAAAGGAAGGUGAAAAUAACAUAACAGAAACAACAGAUGCCACGGAUGGGCAAAACUAAAGAAGAUGAACCAAAUUCAAAUUAGGGUUUUUGAAAACUGUUCAGCUUAACAGUUUUUUAAAGUUUAUCUCUGUUGUUUGCAACUUCAAAAAUGAUGCUUAGGAGACAUAUUUGGUUGUCUCAAAUCUCUGAUUUUGUCAUUUACGUGUAAUCUUCUUUGCUUACUUUAAGUUCCAUAGCGAUUGAGAGCGAGUAAUAGGCGAAAUUAGACAAAAUGAACUGGACUACCGUGACACAGCUCCUUUAAACGUAUUUUAGUAUUUAAACGGUAGAUAUAGGCAUAUUUUCAUUCCUAUAGGCAUAUUUUCAUUUGUUCGGAUCUCCUAGCUGAAGUCUAGUGAUCCGAAAAUCAUAGGGAUUAAAACUUACCUUUUCGAAAAUUUCAGGCAUUAGAACAGGCUCCCGAAAAUUCUAGGUGACCUUUUUAGGGUAAAAAUCCGUUAAAAAUUGGCAAUUAUACCAUUUUUUAGAUGUUCGAAAGUCCUAGGAGAGGCAGGAAAGCAAGAAAUGUUACAACAAAUGCUCCGAAAAUUCUAGAUCUCAAAUCGUCUUCCGAACAGAUAUUUUUACUAUACAGGUAGCCCACAGCCCAGAGCCCAAGCUCGAAAUAUGAGCAUCGGCGAGCAUCGGCGAGCAUCGCGAGCAUCGGCAUUGUUGCGUAACAUUCAAAAUAUAGGGAUUUGUAUGGGAAAAAAACAUAUCGUUUCUGUAACCUACGAAAAUGAAAGGAUUUCAAUAAAAAACAGCUUACCUUACUUAAAAUGUGUGUUACGUCUCUCCUUUGUGGUCCACGGGCCGAUUUAUGGCCGUUUUAUGGGUUUUUAUGUAAACGAUUUUCUGUCUAUAUAAAACCUUUACAUAGAGAGAAAACCGUUUACAUAAAAACCCAUAAAACGGCCAUAAAUCGGCCCGUGGACCACAGAGGAAAGACGUAACACACAUUUUAAGUAAGGCAAGCUGUUUUUUUAUUGAUAUCCUUUCAUUUUCGUAGGUUAACAAUGCCGAUGCGCUUAUUUCGAGCUUGGGCUACCUGUGA